AUGUCAGGAUCAUACACAAUUCCAUUGUUUGUAAUUUAUAUCAGUAAUAACUGCUUUCGAGAUAGCCAAGUUUCAAAAAUAAUUAUCCAUCCAAAUAUAGAAAUAAUAGAAACACAUGCUUUUGUGUCAACACGAAUCACAUCAUUUGAAUAUAAUUCUAAGAUAACACGUAUUGAAGAUGCAACUUUUGCUGGUUGUGGUAAGCUUGAAAAUGUCACCGUAAAUGAUUUGAUAACAUUUAUAGGAUCUGGAGCUUUUUCUGGAUGCAGUUCAUUGAAAAAUAUCAAACUUCCUCCCAGUCUGACAACAAUUGGGUCAUCAGCUUUCAUUGGCUGCCAACAAUUAAAUGACAUGAUAUUGCCUUCAAGUGUGACAACAAUGGGAAGUUCAGUAUUUAAAGGUGUUCGAUCAACAUUUGUUCUCAAUUGCUCUAAUAACAAUAACUUUUACAUGGAAAAUGGCUUGUUUUAUGUAAGUGGCAAGCAAAAAUUAUUGGAGUACUUCGAAAAUGCACAAACAUCAGUAGCCAUACCUUCUGAAUGUACUACUGUUUCUGAUUCAGUUUUUAAAUCAUCGUCUAUCCAGAGCAUCCAAUUUUCAGGUAGUUCUGAGAUGACAAUUGGAAGAGAAGUUUUCUUAGGAUCUUCAGUUCGAACCGUUUCAUUUCCAGCAUCUUUGAAGUCCCUUGGAACAGGAUGCUUCAGGAACUGCUUAAUGCUGACGACAAUCACAUUCACAGGUACCAUGAUAACUGAGAUUCCAGUUGACUGCUUUAAUAACUGCCUUAAACUCAAAACAAUAACUUUGCCAACAUCAAUUCAAUUAAUCAACAAGUAUGCAUUUUAUGGGUGUACAUCUAUUGGUGACAUUGGAUUAGAUAAGACAAAUCUAAAGCAAAUCCUGGAAGAAGCAUUUAGUGGUUCAAGCUUAACUUUGGCAAUACUUCCAUCAACAAUAAGAUUCCUCGAUUACAAGUGUUUUUACAAAACAAAAGUUAUUAAGUUUUCAGCACCAUGUGAUAUCCCUAAAAGUUGUUUCCUGUCAUCAGACUCAAUAGAGUCAGUCAAUAUCAGACAUGGAUGUGUUACAAUUAAUGAUAAUGCAUUUGACAGUUGCAGAUCCCUUAUUUCAGUUAACAUAUCGAGCAGUGUUAAAACUAUUCGAUAUGGUGCAUUCGCAAACUGCAUCAGUCUUCGAAACUUCUUCAUCGGUCUGAACGGAUCUCUCAAUAUCGUUCAAGGUGGAUGUUUCAGCAACUGUCCUGACCUUCUUAGCAUCACACUUGACCCACACGAAGGUCAUUUCCGCUUCUCAGGUGGUGCACUUACCGACUGGUAUGAGACUAAGAUCAUCUUCUUUCUUCCAAACUCAAACAUCAACACAUUCAUCAUUCCAACCAGCAUGCGCACUAUUGGAAAUUAUGUUUUCAUGGGUGCGUCUAAACUUACACGUGUCUUGUUCAACGGUAACCAGAUCGAAGAGAUUGGUUAUGAAUCAUUCAAAGGUUGUAUCAACCUCGAAUUCCUCUUCUUCAACUCACCAAGUCUGCAACGCAUCAAUUCCAACUCAUUCGAAGACUGUCCAUCUCUUCACAAAUGCGGAACUAUCUCAUGUCCAGCAUCGGUAAAAAACAUAUUCCUUCAAAAUUCUUUCAGCGAGAAGAGCUUUGAUAGUAAUUGUCCUGUUAAUAAAAUCUGUUCAGUUCAGUGCCGUCCAAUUAAUAUACCCCAGCUUCAUGUUUUUAUUGUUAUGUACUUACAAUAA